GUCGCGGCUUCUGGUCAACAAACAUGGCGUGCGCGGUGAAGGGAGAGCUGAAAUGUAAAGACGGGAGAACGAGCAGGUUCACAGUGGAGGCGGAGAAUAAUUUAAAAUCCAUCAUCGAAGGAGUGAAGAAGAUCAGCUCUGAGAUUUCGGUGGUUUUAACGGAGCUCGUGGAAGAGGAGAAGAGUGUAAACACGGAGAGAGGAGAGUGUCGCGCGCGCGAUGAGGAUGUGGAAGAUGAAGAUGAGGAUGAGGACGGUGAUGAAGAAGACCGCGCUAUAGAAACUACCGCAGUUAAAUUAAAGUCCAGACCUCCAGCGAAGCGUCUGAAGACCGUCACACCGUCCUGAGCAGAGCGUCUCCGUCUGUCUGUCUGUCUGUCUGUCUGUCUGUCUGUCUGUCUGUCUGCCCGUCUGUCUGCCCGUCUGUCUGCCCGUCUGUCUGCCCGUCUGUCUGCCCGUCUGUCUGUCUGUGCAGACAGAAGUUUUUCUUUUUGUCCCUCUGAACUGAUAAAUGAACUCUUGAGUGAUGAGACGAGGUUAAAAAGAUAAAAGAUAUUUAAAAAUAAAAACUGGAAACAGUAUAAAGGGACAAUCAUUCAACACUUUUCCUGUAAAUAAUCACAAAACAAAUCAAUUUUUUUUUUUUAAAUCAAGAAAUUAAAGUGAAAAACACAGAUUUUUCUACCAAAACAUUUAUUUCUUUAUAUUUUAUUUAAUGGAGGUUGUGGAAAGGCAAUAACUCAGUCACAUGACAUAAACACCUGUUCAUUAGAAUUAUUACAUCAUUAAAAAAAAAAAAAACCCUUGAGCCCUUU